AUGGCGCUUAAGCUGCUGGCCGAAGUGAGCCCCCAGGAGUUGCUCGUCGCCCUCGGCGUGUUCCAUCACCAUGCGCUGGCCUAUGUCAAGUCGACGGCGCUGAAAUGCGCCGUCGAUCUCGGCAUCCCCGACGCCAUCCACCGCCGCGGCGGAGCCGCCACCCUCGCCGACGUCACCGCCGACGCCGCCGUGCACCCCGCCAAGGUCUCCGACCUCCGGCGUCUGAUGGACCUGCUCAGCACGACGGGCAUCUUCACCAGCUCCACGGGCGCCGGCGGCGACGAUGGCGAAGGCACCGUCGUGUACGGGCUCACCACGGCCGGGCGCUUCGUCGUCGGCUCGCACAACCUGUCGCCGAUGGUGCAGUUCCUGGUGGACCCUCUCGUCGUCUCCUCCUUCUUCAGCAUGCCGGACUGGUUCAGGAGCGAGCCUCCAGCGGCGGCGGCUGCCGGCGCCGGCGGCGGGACGUCGUCGCUGUUCGAGGCGGCGCACGGCUGCUCCCAGUGGGAGAUGGCGGGCAGGAACUCGGCGCUGAACAGCGUCAUCAACAGCUCCAUGGUAGCCGACAGCUACGUCUUCAUCCAGAUCGUUCUGGCGGACAAGCGCCAUGUGUUCAGCGGGCUGAGCUCGGUGGUCGACGUCGGGGGCGGCCAUGGCGUGAUCAUGCAGGUGAUUGCGCGGGAGUUCCCGCACAUCAAGUGCAGCGUCCUUGACCUUCCCCACGUCGUCGGCCAGGCCCCCGCCGGCGAUGGCAAGGUGCAAUACAUCCCCGGCAACAUGUUUGAGUCCAUUCCACCUGCAGAUGCUGUUGUACUCAAGAGCAUUUUGCAUGAUUGGAGUGAUGAUGAUUGCGUCAAGAUACUUGAGCGUUGCAAGGAAGCCAUCCCAGAGAGAAAAGCUGGAGGAAAGGUGAUAAUCAUGGAAAUGGUGAGAGGAUCUGGGCCACAGGCCAGCAAAAUCAAGGAGAUGGAAGCCAUACAGAACAUGUUCAUGAUGUACAUCAAUGGAAAGGAACGAGAUGAAAAUGAACUGAAGAAGAUCUUCACUGCUGCUGGAUUCAGUGAAGACUACAAAAUCAUGCCAGUAGUGGGUCCUUUCUCAUUAAUUGAGAUCUACCCAUGCAUGAACGAAUAAUACACUCGGUGAAUUAUCAUUUAUCAUACAGCAGGCCGAAAACAUGUUGGUGUAGAGCAGUGGCUCUCAUCAUCUACUUGUUGGCUUAACUAUAGCCGCAGCUAAAAUUUGAAUUUUGAAACUUAAUUCUGCUUUUCACUUUUGAUUUGCCAAUAACUAGAUGUAAGCGUUUUACCAAUAAAUUAUUUUUGGUGUUAACUCUGCUCUG